AACGGGUGUCGACGGCGGCGACGAUGGCCAUCAUCGGAUCGUCAUCAUAAUCGCCGUCGUCAUCAUCAAUCGCAAUCCAUUGUUGCCGCCGUUACUCCUCCAUGGCGACUGCGGUCCCAGAGCGACGGGUCCUGCUUCAGGUCGCACAAGGCGCACCGUCUGCGAGUUCUUUCCAUUCCUUUGGUGGCACUGGCCAUCACAGGGAGCCUUGAAUGGCUUGGCUGUACGACAUCAUGACCGUUGAAUCGGUCGAAGAAAUGCUUCGUGUGCUUAAGCAGCAGCGGCAGCUGGCUUGUUGUCGGCCAUCCAGAAGAUCUCUCGCUUCAACACAUAGCCAUGGUCGCCAUCCGUACUCCCAACGGGACAGUCCCACGGGCUUGAUGCUGGGCGCGUGAGCACGAGCUGCAGGCCAGUGUGUUGCACAAUGUCGCUUUUCCGAGAAAUGCGCCUUGGGUGGCAUCACGCCUUCGAUUGCACCAUCACUUCUGACCCCGUCCAUUUCAUCAUUGCUCCAAUGGGACGAAUAGAAAAUUUCUGCGGCCCUUCUUCAGGGAGCCAUCCUCAGGAUCUUUUCUAGAUCCCGUCGCAAACACCCUUUUGCCCGCUUCUCUGCAAGCCCGCGUCAAGAUCUCGCUUGUUCAAUCAAGCACCGACGCCCACAUGGUCUCUCGCUUGCUACUGCCUCAGAAGGGUGCGUGAGGCGGAGGAGACCCUCUGACACCUCGCACACUCGCCUCUACAUCAUCUUCACAUCCAUAUUUAUACUUGACACCAUCUCCGCCCUAGUUCUUUUCUCUGUAAAACCCCCGGGUACUUUUUCCCCUUGGCUGUCACCUGGUCGAAAGCUCCGGCGAACGCUGGCCUUGUCUCUCUGUUUGGCUUCAUUCUUGGAACAAGAAGUACAGCAACAGCUCUGUUCAGCCUGUUGACCGCCUACAAGCUUGCGGCACGACACCAACUAGGUCGACCGUUUCAAAGACACAGCUCCAUCUCCCCCUCCACCUUGGGGCAACCGAGCGAUUCCUAGCUACGCAAAUAGCCCGAACCACGCUGCAAGCCACAAACCCGCCAAACCCUAGUCCUUACGUGCAAAUCCUAUCCGUUUGCCGCUUUCCACCACGCCAUAGGACUUGGCACAUCCAGCCACUCAGCGGUCAGGCAUCCCCGGUCCAUACCAGAUCCAUAUCUCAUCAGUCCUAGUCGCGUCAGGGCAAUCUUCCCUCCCCCAGGGUAUUCAAACUCUGCAAGUCCGCUCCGACUGCCCCUCCUCUUUAUAUACCCUUUUCCAACCCUUUCACACCAGGUCGACCUUGGACACUCCGUCUUUUGCGGUUCAACUAGCCGGAAGCUCGUUCUUUCAGAUCUCUGCUUAGACCUGUAAGGCGUGGCAAUGGCGUCCAAGUCUUCCAAGAUCGGCCACGGGCUGGCCAAGGCCCUCGCCAUCAACCUCGACGAGCGCCAGGCACAGAAAGAUGCACUCACCCGGGGCGAAUCGACAUAUUCAGUCAGUACCGCUGACUCUUACAUUGAGGAAGAGCCGAGAAGUAUCGACUGGGUGAGAGAUCUCAUUCCUUCGAGCCAUGACAUGGUGUACUACUUCCGCAGUCUGUUCCCCUUCACCAACUGGAUUCUGCGGUACAAUGUCCAAUGGUUGAUUGGCGACUUGGUUGCCGGUAUCACGGUCGGCGCUGUCGUCGUGCCGCAGGGCAUGGCCUACGCCAAACUCGCCGAGCUUCCUGUCGAAUAUGGUCUCUAUUCCUCCUUCAUGGGCGUCCUGAUCUACUGGUUCUUUGCCACCUCCAAGGAUAUCACCAUCGGCCCUGUCGCUGUCAUGUCCACCAUUACCGGCAAUGUCGUCAACAAAGUCGUGGCAGAGCAUCCAGAUGUUCCCGGCCACGUGGUCGCUUCGGCGUUGGCAAUCAUUGCGGGCGCCAUCAUCUGCUUUAUUGGCCUCGUCCGGUGUGGGUGGAUUGUGGAUUUCAUUCCGUUGACGGCCAUCUCGGCCUUCAUCACCGGCUCUGCCCUCAACAUUGCGGUCGGCCAAGUGCCAACCCUGAUGGGCAUCAAGGUCAAAGGAUUCAAUACCCGCGCCUCAACCUACUUGGUCAUCAUCAACACCCUCAAGUAUCUCGGUCACACCAAGCUGGACGCCGCGAUCGGCUUGACGGCACUGUUUCUACUCUACCUGAUCCGAUUCACCUUGAACCGCUGUGCAAAGAAAUACCCCACCCGAGCGAAGCUGUUCUUUUUCCUCAACACACUGCGCACUGCGUUUGUGCUCUGCCUGUACAUUCUGGUGAGCUAUCUCUGCAACCGACAUCAUCGCAAGAAGCCCGUCUUCAGCAUUCUGGGCCACGUCCCCCGUGGGUUCAAACACGCCGCGGUGCCAACGAUCAACACGACAAUCAUCGGCUAUUUUGCCGACCAGCUCCCAGCAUCCGUCAUUGUCAUGCUCAUUGAGCAUAUCGCCAUCUCCAAAUCCUUUGGCCGGAUCAACAACUACACCAUCAACCCCUCGCAGGAACUGGUGGCCAUCGGGGUCACGAACCUGCUUGGUCCUUUCUUGGGCGCGUAUCCUGCGACUGGGUCAUUUUCUAGGACUGCCAUCAAGUCAAAGGCUGGUGUGCGGACGCCUUUCGCCGGUGUCAUUACCGCCAUUGUGGUCCUUCUCGCCAUCUACGCUCUUCCGGCCAUGUUCUUUUACAUCCCCAACGCUGGACUUUCUGCCGUCAUCAUCCAUGCUGUCGGUGAUUUGAUCACCCCUCCUAACACCGUCUACCAGUUCUGGCGCGUCUCACCACUGGAAGUUCUCAUUUUCUUCGCCGGUGUGCUUGUGACCGUCUUCUCAUCCAUCGAGAAUGGUAUCUAUACCACCAUCAGCGUCAGCGCCGCCGUGCUUCUCUUCCGUGUUGUCAAAGCACGCGGCCAUUUCGUUGGGAAGGUCAAGAUUCAUUCGGUCGUUGGUGACCAUCUGAUCGAAGACAAAUUCCAUGACAAACCUCGCAUGUCCGACGACGACCAGGCCACGCGAAAUAUCUUCCUUCCGUUGGACCACAACGAUGGCUCGAACCCGUCCAUUCAUGUCGAGUCUCCGUACCCAGGAAUCUUCAUCUAUCGGUUCAGCGAGGGCUUCAAUUAUCCCAAUGCGAACCACUACACCGACUAUCUUGUCAGGCACAUCUUUGAGCAUACGCGGAGGACCAAUCCUGACUCGUGGCCACGGCCGGGUGAUCGUCCAUGGAACAACCCUGGCCCGCGAAGGGGCAAGUCUGAGCCAGAUCGAUCUCACCUGCCGACCUUGAAAGCUGUGAUUCUCGACUUCUCGUCGGUCAACAACGUCGAUGUCACCAGUGUUCAGAACUUGAUCGACGUCCGCAACCAGCUCGACCGGUAUGCAAGCCCUGAGGCCGUUCAAUGGCACCUGGCCUGCAUCAACAACCGCUGGACGAAGCGAGCUCUCGCCUCUGCGGGCUUCGGCUUCCCCACAGUCCCCACGGAAGAGCAGCAUCGCUGGAAGCCUAUCUUCAGUGUUGCCGAAAUCGGCGGUGCAUCAUCUGCCGCCGCAGCUGCAGAAGACGAAGCCAACCGACGAAUGUCUCGUCAUCCCCACGACGAAGAACAGGGCGGCUCUCGACCAAACAGCAGCGGAAUCUCCAAGACCGACGAUAUUACGCGAGCGCAGUACAAGGACGACUCCACGUCGAGCUCCAGCCAGGAUGGCGAGCUAUCGAAGCAGAUUAGCGAGAGCAAGGCCUACGUCCGAACCUCGACCAAGAGAGUUGCUGUGGUCCACAGCUUGAACAGACCCUUCUUCCACAUCGACCUGACGAGUGCCUUGCAGUCGGCGAUUGCAAACGUGGAGCACCAAGAACAACUGAGAGCGGCCGAGGCUGAGCAAGUUGAUGAGAUACCUGGCAAGGUUUAAGAUCGCUGAGCUGUGGGACAUGUGCACACUACCCUUGAUACCCUAGACUUCGUGUGGUCAUUUCUCAGUUGCAAGGAUCAGCUGGGAUGGGCAAGUUACCUGCCAUCAGACAUCAUGCGCGCCCCACAGAGUCAAAAUUGGCUUUCACAGCGUCUGGGAGUGGCUAGUAUACCUGCCCAGCGUUGAUUCCCUGCGGCCUGCGCAUACGACGUCUUUUUGACAGCGAGUCGCUGUGGACCAUCGAUUGCCGAUGAGGAAAGUUGAACUGAUGGACGGAAGACAGCGCGAGGAAUUAUAUAAUGAUCUGCGGAGCCUUGCUUUUUGUGUGUUUUGGUUAUAUCCUUGGGGGAUCCAGAAUAACCGCUUUUUAACGACUCUUGUGACGAACAACGGACAUGCACACAUAUAUACAUAUGUAGGGAUAUUUACAAGCUAUCAAUGCCAUCGGCGACACUGACACCCACCCCCAUUCACAUCCACACUCAUAUACUAUUCGUUAAUACUAUACAAUAAUAGUGGUUUGGUUCUG